AUGGCAACAGCAGUCCUAGCAGGCAGCACAGGCCUCGUCGGCAACCAGAUCCUCACCCACCUCCUCGCCCACCCCUCCUUCUCCCAAAUCCACGCCUACACCCGCCGCCCUCUCCCCAACCCCGCCGGCUCCACCAAACUCAUCCCCAUCCACGCCACUGACACAUCAACCUGGCCGUCGCUCUUCCCCGCCGCGUCCACGAACCCCAAACUCUUCUUCAGCGGCCUCGGCACCACGCGCGCGGCCGUCGGCGGCGUCGAAGCCCAACGCGCCAUCGAUUAUGAACUCAAUUAUAACCUGGCCGCUGCAGCGAAAGCCGCUGGUGUGGAGACAUAUGUGUUGAUUAGUACUAAUGGGGCGAACAGCGGUUCUUAUCUCGCGUACGCCAAGAUGAAGGGUGAGCUGGAGGAUGCGGUCAAGGCGCUAGGGUUCAAGCAUACGGUUAUUUUGCGGCCGGGGUUGAUUGUGGGGGAGAGGACGGAGUCGCGGCCGGCGGAGGCGGCGUUUAGGUGGGUGGCUAAGGGGUUGGGGGGACUGAGUCCCAAGUUGACAGAUUGGUGGGCGCAGGAUGCGGGGGUUAUUGGGAGGGCAGCGGUGGAGGCGGGGAUUAGGUGUGCGGAGGGGAAGACGGCGGAGGGCGUUUGGGUGAUGGGUAUGGGGGAGAUUCUGGAGUUGGGCAAGGGGAAGGCUUAG